AUGCCAGCGACAGCCCGUCAGAAGGCCUGCCUCGGCUGCGCGAGUUCCAAGCGCAGAUGUGACAAGGGCCUCCCUGAAUGCCAACGAUGCGUAGACAGAGACGUGGAUUGUGUCUACCCGCAGCACAAGAGACGGCGGAGAGAUGCGCCAUUGACCAAUACACAGCUCGAAAACCGGCUGCCUCUUUCGUCAUAUCCCAAUGCCAGCGCCGCGGACGUUGUGAGUAUUGAUGCAGGCCGUUUGGAAGGGAUGGGGACGGGCAGCAUUGAUUUUCCGUUGUUCGAUGAAACGUAUCUGUUCCCGCAAGCCCUUCCAGUGCCAAUAUCAAACCCUCUCCCUCAGGCCGAUGCAUGGGAACCUCGGCCCUCCAGCAUAUCAAGGCCAUGGUUUCUUCGAGAAGAGUCAUGGACUAUGCAGCACAGCAGUCCAGGUCCAGGAUGCUCCGCCGACAUCGAGUACGAACCUUAUGUUGAGGCGGUUAAGGAAAUGGUUCAUUCCUGGGUGCAGAACGGCCACAACAGCUUUAUUCACCGGCGUCUGUACAGGAACGGGAUGCCUUCAUGUAUACAAGACGCUUUUACGACCCUGGCGGCAUAUGUUAAUCGAACAUCGGCGAUCAAGAACGCAAUCUUGCAAAUUGCGGAAGACCGCGCCAUGGCCUUGACCUGCCAGCUAGCACCUGUUACCAGUGGCACGAAAGGGCUACGGGCUCAUCUGGCGCGCGUCCAAGCUCUUUUUGUCUAUGUAUUCAUACAGUUGUUUGAUGGCUCUGUGCCGUCACGUGCUUCUGCCGAGCGACAAAUUCCCAUACUUCGGCUAUGGGUGACCGAAAUGUUAGACGUUGCAAGACAAUAUCAGGGGGCCGAUCUUACCCUGAAGAUGUUACGACCCCCCUUGGCUGCAAGCGACUUCGAUCGCGAGUAUGAUAUCUCGAUGGCGUCAUGGGAUCUCUGGGUUCUGUCUGAAAGUGUCCGGCGCACACAUAUCAUCAUCGACACAGUGCUCAACACAUACCAGACCAUGACUCAAGGGCAGAGUGAAUGCACCGGAGGCGUUAUGAUCACCGCGCGGUGUGGUUUAUGGGACGCAGAAUCGGCGGCUAUUUGGUCGGAACGCUGCGACAGAGACUCUCCACUUUUGGUGCCAUCCAUGCAGCCUGGCAACUGCAUCUCACAGCACGCAGCUGACGAGAUUGAUGAUUUCGUGAAGAUGUUCUGGACGUUUAUCGUUGGUACAGACAAGAUGAAAAGCUGGGUUGACAAUAGUAGUAGGAAGAAAAUUGCUGGGUGA